AUGUUGCUGCAGCAAUAUAAGAUACUCAAUUCUCUCCUGAUGGAAAAGGAAGAAAUAGCAAAUAUCGCUGAGAUGAUGUACAACCGUAUGCUCGAUAAAGAGGAGGAGGCCAUAGUCAAGCUCAGACAAGUGAUUAAUUUUGCUACCAAUAACAAAUGUAUGGCACAGUGUCUUGCUUCAUAUUUUGGGGAUGAGGUGGCCAUUCCUACUGGCUUGUGCAGAUCAUGCAGCUUCUGUCAAACGGGUGAGGGCAUAACUUUUGAGCCAGGGAUCACCACUUUGCCUGAUCCUAAUAAGAUCAAGGCCAUUCUGAAUGCAUGUCCCGAACGUGAUGACCCUCGCCUCCUCACAGCGCAUGGCAUUUGGUAUUAUGUCUCCCAGGUUGACAGUGGGAAAGUGGUCCACUAG